AGAAGUAUAGCCAAAUUUAUUCUCUUUCCCUCCAAGUCGUAAACAGCUAUGCCUUCAAACUUCUGAUUAAUUUUCCCAACGGCUUACUGCUAAAGAUACCACUUUGAAGAUUGACUCCUCAGGAACCCUAACUGCCCUCCAUUAAUUUUUACUUUGAUUUCUCUUCACUCUGCUCUCCUCUCCCUUCCAUUUUUUAGUUCUUAUAGCCGUUGGAGCUCCCCGCUCUCUCUCUCUCUCUCUCUCUCUCUCUCUCUCUAUGCUGUUUGGCCAAAAAUGAACACGAAACCCACUACAGAACUGCCUUCUACUCCAGUUGUUUCUUGUUCUUUGAAGCGAAAGAGACCACCCAAGAUUGAGAUCCCAAAUGUGUUGCAAGAAAUCCAGGCUGAUAAGCUCAAGUACAAAGACCUCACCCCAAGAAAUGAUCCCAUUUGUUUCAGUGGGAUUGGUGUUGGUGUCUCUGCUAUUAAAGGCAAUAAAAAGUUCAUGGAAGAUACCCACAAGAUCGUUUCUUCCUUAAAUGACACCUCAAACAAAGGGUUUUUUGGCGUUUAUGAUGGGCAUGGAGGGAAAAAGGCUGCGGAGUUUGUUGCAGAGAAUUUGCACACUAACAUUCUUGAAAUGAUGGUGAAUGGUAUAGGAAAUGUAUCGAAGGAGGAAGCUGUUAAAGCUGGAUACUUGAAAACAGACCAAGAGUUCUUGAAACAGGGUGUAGUCAGUGGUGCCUGCUGUGUCACAGCCUUGAUUGAAGGGCAGGAGGUUGUUGUCUCAAACUUGGGAGAUUGCAGGGCUGUUCUUUGUAGAGGAGGAAUGGCUGAAGCACUUACGAAAGAUCAUAGAGCAGAACAGGAGGAUGAACGAAAAAGAAUUGAGAAUAAGGGAGGAUACGUUGAGAUCCAUCGAGGUGCUUGGAGAGUUCAUGGCGUACUUUCUGUUUCUAGAAGCAUUGGAGAUGCUCACCUGAAGGACUGGGUGCUGGCUGAGCCUGAUACAAUGAUCUUACAGUUGACCUCAGACAUGGAAUUUCUAGUUUUAGCUUCUGAUGGACUAUGGGAAGAGGUUGGGAACCAAGAAGCUGUUGAUACAGUGAUUUCAUUGUGUAAGCCUGAGAAGAAAUUGGGAUCCACAGGAGAUAUCCAAAAAGAUGAUGAUGUUUAUUUUGGUUGUGUAAAUGUAAGUCCUUCAUCAAAGUUGCGAAGGGUUUCCCUGGUAAAGCAUCAAAAGGAAUCAAAACAGUCACCAACAAACAAGCAGACAGUUGGUACCUUGAAAGACAUUCAAGAUGACUUCAAAUGUGAAAAUGAAAGUCCUCCAUCAAAGUCAAGAAGAAUUUCAUUGUUCAAGCGAAUAAACACCAAGAUUGAUUCACCUAAUAAAGAAAACGGUGUCCAUAAGAGGGGACCUGCCUCUAUGGGGGGGCUUGUUGCUGCUUGUAAAGAGCUAGUCAACCUUGCUGUGAAAAGAGGUAGUCUAGAUGACAUCACUGUGAUGGUAAUUGAUUUAAAUCACUUCAAAUGUAUCCCUGCUUGCUUCUCAUCUAGCGAGAAGCAAACCAAUGAACCAGCUGCAACCUUAACCAGGCCAGGCCAGAGUGUAUCUAUGUCAGUAUAUCGGACAAAAUUAGGAGGUCACUGCCGUUUGAUCACCAUCACAUGGUGCAAGAACCUGUUACUACAUGGCCUCUCUCUUUCUGUUCAAUCAACAAAUGGAAACAACGAGCAUUAUUACCAGUGCAAGAUCGAAUUGAAGCCAUGGUAUUUCUGGAGAAAACAAGGCUCCAAGCAAUUUGUAGUGGAAGGUAAGACUACUGUUGAUGUGGUCUGGGACCUUAAGGCUGCAAAAUUCAAUGGCGAGACAGAGCCACAAUCAGGCUACUAUGUUGCUAUUGUCUUUGAAGGGCAAGUGGUUUUACUUGUUGGUGAUCUAAGGAAGGAUGCAUAUCAAAAGACACGAUGCAGGCCUGCUCUUAUUGAACCAAUUUUGGUGUCCAGAAAGGAACAUGUGUUUGGGAAGAAGAAAUUCACAACAAGAAUUAAAUUUCAUGAGAAAGAUCUCAAAUUCCAUGAGAUUUCAGUUGAAAGCAACAACAAUAGUAGCCGCAGCAACGACAGUAGCAUUUGUGGGUUUGAUCUUGAACUAGAGAUAAAGAUAGAUGGGCAGCUAGCCAUUCAAGUUAAGCACCUGCAGUGGAAGUUCAGGGGCAAUGAAUCCAUCCAGGUGAGUAAAAGUAUAGUAGUAGAGGUUUAUUGGGAUGUACAUGACUGGCUCUUUGGUUCUGGUCCAAGGCAUGGUCUGUUCAUAUUUAAACCAGUUUCAUCAUCAUCAUCAUCAUCAUUGUCUUCUUCUUCUUCAACUCCAUCAUCAACCUCAAUGCCAUUGUUGACCAUUCAAGAAGUUUCUUGUGGGCCAUUAGAGGAUGAUAAUGCAGGUGGAUCAUCCAGUUUUUGCUUGUUUUUGUACACUUGGAAGGUAGAAUAAUUGGCGCAUUCAAGUUAUUGAUUAUCAACCUCCAGAAUCAUAUCCUAGGCAUUAAAGAGGGAUGUAUGGUG